AUGACUGGCCCAGCGAACAAACGCCAAAAGCGCGAAGAAUACCGCAAGACACAGUUUGCAGCACAAAAUGGAGGAAAGCUAGCACUUCCGAAAAAGAAGUUCUACCGCCAACGAGCCCACGCGAACCCCUUUUCAGAUCACAACUUGAAAUAUCCGACAUGUCCAGAAGAAAUGGACUGGUCAAUACACUACCCAGCGUUCUUCCCAUCUGCCAAGAGUUCCAACCCAGCAGACGAACCUUCAAAUCGGCCCGUCCUUGACACCUCAACUCCAUCCAGGCCAGAAAACCAAUCCGCGCAACUCACGCCAACAGCACCACACCCCACAAUAGCCGACGUAGGCUGUGGCUUCGGCGGCCUGCUCAUCGCUCUCGCCCCUCUGUUUCCCAACUCCCUUAUCCUCGGCCUCGAACUCCGCCACCAAGUCCUCUCGUACGUCCACUCACGGAUCACCGCUCUACGCUCACAGAACCCGCUUCGACCUCAACCAGAGUCCUCAUCGUCACCACAAACAGAAACUCCAACCAACGGCACCGCCCCAGAAGCCAACCCCAUGACCACAACACAUUACGCCAACAUCUCCGCCCUUCGCACCAACACGAUGAAGUUCCUCCCCCAGCUCCUCCCACGCGCCUCUCUUACACAUCUCUUUCUAUGCUUUCCGGACCCGCACUUCAAAGCACGUAAGCACAAAGCCCGCAUCGUCUCCGCCCAGCUCAACGCCGAGUACGCGUAUUUCCUCAAACCAGGCGUGGGGAAGAUCUACACGAUCACGGAUGUGGAGGAGUUACAUGGGUGGAUCGUGCGGCAUUUUGAGGGACACGAAGCUGGGGAGGUGAAGGAAUUGUUUGAGCGGGUGGGUGAGGAAGAGCUGGAGGGCGAUGAGUGUGUUAGGGUAAUGAGGGAGGAGACGGAAGAGGGGAAGAAGGUCACACGCAAUGGCGGGAGGAAGUUUGUGGGGGUAUGGCGGAGGAAGAAGGAUCCGGAUUGGGAGGAUGAGUGA